AUGAAAACUCUGAACAAAUUAUUAAAAACUGUACCAAAGAACCGUGCACGUGUAUAUUUAGUACAAUCUUUCAGUAAAGAUUUUGAACAAUUUGCUAACGACUUAAAAAAUCUAAUGAAUUGGCAGGCUGAUGUCUUGUCAACGGCCAAGGCAGUAAAUAAAGCAAUUGUUGUAUAUAAUACAAGAGGAGACGAUACACCAUUAAAGAAGAAGGCGGAAAAUAGAAAUCAAACUUCAUCUCCUGAAUCUCCAUGUCCCGGUGGAUUGCCCUCAGAAUUACCACCAUAG